CGCUCUGCGCCUCCCGUCCCAUUCCCGAACGCGGCGUGCGCCACUGGCGCAGAGCGCGCGAGCCGGGGCGGGGGCGUGGCGGCGGCGCCGGCGAGGGGGGAGCGAUUCUGGAAGUCGCGCUGCGCACUUGGCGUAGCGGGCGCGCCGUGAGGCCGCAGGGGCAACGCCGCCUCCCCGCCCCGCGGCGCUACGCCGUUUGCGUAGCGAGCCCCAAGAUGGCGGCGCGGUCGUCGUCGGCGGUGGCCGGAGCGCGGGCGGUGGCGGCGGCGCGGCCGGGAGCGAGGGCAGGGGUGAGGCGGGCGAAGGGAGGCAGCGCGUAGCGAGACCCACGAAGCGAGACCCAGAAAGAGACUGUCGCGGGCAGGCGGUCCCUCCGCGCCCCCCCGUCCUUCGCCGCCCGGUGGGUCCCGCCCGCCCCCGCCCUCCGGGCCGCGCGUCCUCCGGCCCCGCCGCCCCCGGAGCGGAGGAUGAUGAAGCUCAAGUCCAACCAGACGCGCACCUACGACGGGGACGGCUACAAGAAGCGGGCGGCCUGCCUGUGCUUCCGCAGCGAGAGCGAGGAGGAGGUGCUGCUGGUGAGCAGUAGUCGCCAUCCAGACCGAUGGAUUGUCCCCGGGGGUGGCAUGGAGCCCGAGGAGGAGCCCGGCGUGGCCGCCGUGCGCGAGGUGUGUGAGGAGGCCGGAGUGAAAGGGACGUUAGGAAGAUUAGUGGGAAUUUUUGAGAACCGGGACAGGAAGCACAGGACUUAUGUUUACGUACUCAUCGUCACCGAAGUGUUGGAGGACUGGGAGGACUCUGUCAAUAUUGGAAGGAAAAGGGAAUGGUUUAAGAUAGAGGAUGCCAUAAAAGUUCUGCAGUAUCAUAAACCAGUGCAGGCCUCGUAUUUUGAGACCUUGAGGCAAGGCUGUCUGGCCAACAACGGCACCCCGGUGAUGAGCACGCCGUACUCCGAGAGCUCCGUGUCCGACAUCAGAUGAUGACGAGGUCCCUGCCAGAGCAAUUCCCUAAAGCAGACUGAGACCUGGAUUUCCCUCCCCUCCCCGUUUCCAUGCCUCCUCCCUCACACCAGGCAUGGGGCAGAGCAAGUGUUCAGAGUGCUGCGAUUUAGUGCAAGUGCUAGUGGCUAGGCCAGUUUACUCCCCAACCGGUAUCUCCCGAUUUAGUGCAGUGACACUUGAAGUUGAGGGCAGAGUUCGGAUCACCUGCAGACAUCCCUGCAGACAUCCCUGCGGCUUUUCCGGCAGCUUCCACCGACGUUUCUGCAUUUCCAUCCGAGGGAAACCACACGGAGCUGGUCUGGAGCCGCUGGCCAAAACCAAACAGCCUCAGCAACGCUGCAAUAGCGCCCGGCUCGCGCCGGCUGCGCUGGGAUCGGGGCUGCAGGGGGGUCGGACGGACAGACUGCAGUGAGGCUCAGCAACGCUGUCCCUGCUCCCGCUGCGUCCUGCUCGCGUCUCUCUUGUCCACAUGCCUUACGCCGUGCUGAACUGGACACUUGGGGUUUGUGCUGAGCGUGGGACCGCGCUCGCCGAACCGCGCGCGCGUCCCCGAAGAGAAGUCCCGGGGGGAAAAUUCAGGUGUUGAGUCUCUUGUCCUGUGGUUCUGCAGCACUUACGGUCGCACCGUGGAGCGUGCUUGAAGUGUGCCCUCCGUGAAAGGUACAGCUGCCUCCUGCAGGCAGCAUUGCCGGGGGAGCAGCACAGGAGAGCUCCCCGAUGCGCCGCCGGCACACUUCACUUGGGGGUUUGUUGUUUUAUUGCUGUAAGUUUCAUGCUGUCUUGAUUUGCCAACAGUGUUGUCUAGUUGGGAAAUAAAAUGGGGGAAGGGUUGGGGUUGGGGGGGGUGGGUUGGGACAGGUACAAGUUUUGGGAGGGGCAUUAAUUAAUCCCUGGCUUGGGACAAGAAGUGGUUGCUGAGUUCAGUAACUUCUCCUUUGUCAGAGCAGAGCCAAGAUGUGAAAUUAAAUCUGCAGUACUUUUUUUUUUUUUUCCUUUUUUUUUCCUGCUCUUUAUUUAACAAAAAAAUAUUCUAAUAAACACUCACUGUUCUGGAGUUUUCUCUCUUCCUGAGAAGCGCUUACAAUAUGAAAAUCUGAUAGAAAUAUCCAUGGAGCCUGGGACAAGGGGGAAUGGUAUCCUUGCUGGUUUGGCAAGAAGCUGUUCAUUUUAAGAUCCUUUUCUGUUCCUUUCCUUGUUCUCCCUGCUUUCAUCGGUGUGGAGUAGCAAGGCCAAAAGCAGUGCCAGUGAUCGCUGACAUGGAAAACCACGCGUAAGGAACAGCCCAUUAUUCAAGGAGUAGCUCAAACCCAAGCGUCUGGAAUUGAGCCCAAAUUACACCAGUUCAGCUCACUUCAACUUAGAGACGAAUGUACAAUCCUUUCUCACUAUGUGCUGGUCAGCCUGAACCAAACUCUCAAAAGGGCUUGAAUAUUCUAUCUGGAAGUGUCCAAGAAAUUCCCAGAGUUGCUGUCCCCGUGCCCUGCGAGGCACCUGACACAGCCAUCUACUGCCUUCAACGAGUCUUGGUCUCUACUGUACAGAUUAGUAUGUUGGAAAUGCUUUGCAACAAAACAGCUGGUACUCCUGAAAGAGUAACUGCAGUUUUAAUAUCAGCAGCAUGCACACUUUUGUUUUUAAACUAAAAAUGUUUUUACAGGGCUGUUAAACUGACAAUUUAGGGUAGAAUAUUGUUAAUGACUUGCUAAUGGCUUAUUUGUUUGGGUCAGAAAAAAUAAAUUGUGCCAAGAAAGUGUUUUAAUGUGGCAUGGAUUGAUGCUGUUACUACAGAGUGGCUGAUGUUAUGCCUUGUAACUGGAAAUGGCUCCUGGGGCAGGAAUAGCCUUGAUGGAAGAGAUGCAGAUUUCAGAGCAGGCCUGAGCCCUGUGCUCCCUGAACUGCUCCCUGCACCACACAAUUCCCAUCUUCCUCAGCAUCUGAGGUUCUCUCUAGAGCUCGUACAGCUGCACCCCCAGCAGUUGGAGUGGUUUUAUCUAAACUGGUGUUAAUUGGUUUGGGACUGAGCGUUGCCCUGUCUGUGAGAGGCCCAGGGGAGCUGUGGGAGGGUGGCUCUGGUUCUGCAGCCUGGACAGUGCUGCUCGCUCUCUCUGCUCAGCCACUGAGUCCCAGCUGUGCUAAAACUGGUGCUGCUCCGAGCUGGUAGUGUGGGAUAGUGGGAUUCUUACCUCAGCUGGCCUGACCCUUAUGUGGGGUGUCACUCUGUGUGUCAGCAUCCCCUGGGAGCAGUUCUCAGCUGGCUCUCAGCCUGGCUGUGCUCUCUGGGCACUGCUGGAGCUGGGUACAGCAGAGGGUGUCCCCAGACAGCCAGCGAGGUGCAGCAGCCCUCUGGUCCCCCCUCCUGGCAGGUCUUGAACGUUGGUUUGGGGUGUGAGGUGAGGAGGGGCUGCUCUUCAUCACCCAGCUGAGUGAGGGGGCUGCACAUCAGGGUCCCCACCCAAACCUGCUGCUGUCUGCCCUGGUGCUGGGGGGAAGGUGGGAGCUGGGUUUGAGGCUGGAAGGAGCAGCAGUAUCAGCAUUCCCACCAGCUCUGUUCCUGUGUAGGUGGAUGCUGUGAGCUCUUCCCUACUCUCCUGUGCAGCACUGAGGCAGCUCGUUCAGCCUGAGCUGGAAUGUGCCUUAAAGCAAACUCUGUAAAGGGAAAAAUUGAAAAGGGGUUGGAAUCUGCAAGUGUUGCUUUUUCCCUUGUGUGGCCACAAAGUAUUCAGUGGCUAAAAAUGUGGGUAGGGAAUGUCAGGAAUCCUCAGUUCCCUUCCCGGAUCUAGCAGAGGCUUUGGGCCUUUGCCUCAGCUUUUCCAUGCAGAAGCUGUGUUCAGCAUUCCACAGCGAGCAGGGAUCAAAAUCCUGGAGGCUGCACAGGUCCAGCGAGCGCCCCUUGUACCAGAGCUGUAGGUUUCCCUGCCUGUAGGUUUUCUCUCUGUUUCAUCCCAAAUUAACCUGUUGGUGUUUUCACACAGCCGGAUGCAUCCAUCCCUGUGCAGAGCGUACAGGAAGCACUGGGGCUCGGUGAGGGCUUGGUUUGGAGUUUUACCCUCCCAAGUGGAGCCUGUGCUGGGGGGAUGGAGCUGCAUCUUCAGGCAGACCUGCCCCAAGCAGUGACUGUGGCACUGUGAGGAGCUUUUCCCUCUGCCUGCUCUGCUCUUGCUCCCAGGCUGGGUUUUCCCUCCUGGCUCCAUUCUCCUCAGUAAUGGCAUCAUCUGGUGGCUGCAGCCCUUCAGGGACGUGGUGACCUCAUGGCUGGGAUGUCCCUCAGCUGCUCCCUGAGCCCCUGACACGCACAGGGUGGGAUCCUCAUUUUCCUAACCUUGGAAUGAACUAAUCCAGCUGCUCUGGGCUGUGGAGAUCCUGCAGUGCUGUGCUGGGGUAGUAGUAGGGGUCUGUACAGAACUGAAGUGGAGCUGGUGAAAAAGAAACUGAACUGGACUGAAGUGGUAUUUAGGAGAUUUAUAAAUCUCUCUUUGGUGCUAGUCCAUAGAGGUUUAUUUUUUGUUGUUUUGUUUUUGGUUUGGUUUAUUUUUUUGGUGGGAAGAUGGGAAUUUUGAUGUUAUACUUGAUGAAUUUGCUCUAGAAUUGCCUCAGAAACCUGGGGAGGUCUGAGAGUGUUUGUUGAAUUUUCUGUGUGUCCUAUUUUAUAUUUAUUAAAUCAGAAAAUCUGGAAUGAUCA